UCUUCACUUACAGCUCACUAAUAGAAAGCACCAGCUCUUUCGCUUAACCAGCUUUUUUCUUUUUCUUGUUGGACCUGUGAUUCCUUUCUAAUGUGUUAUUUUCUACUUGUAGUACUUGUUGCUGCUUUCUUUUUCAUGCGGAAUCGUCUUCAUCGCUAGUUUUGUUUUCUCAGAAGCCGAACAUGGUCCACCGAUGUUUUCUGUCGGAUGUCUUUUUUCGUAGGUACCUUCCUAACUCAGUAAAAUAUGUGGUUUUGUUUGGAGCAUUUUGAUCUCUGGUGGUAGAAAAGGUUUUAGUGUUGCGCUUCUAAUAGCAAGAUGUUUGGUUUCACUCGCAGACGCAUGAAGCUUGGCAGAGUGAAGAAGGUACAACUCUCCGAUUCAACACUUGUAACUAGAAGUCCUGUUAGACCCCAGAAGCGAACUAACAAUCCCACUAGUGAAGGUAUCAUCUCUUCAACUAGUCAUUCUGAUGAGCUCGAUUGUCAGUGCUCAUCCGCUCCACCUGAGACUAAUAACGCAUCAUCCGGGAACUCUGAUAACUGGAUGGUGCUGUCAAUAUCUGGGGACAAACCAACCCCUCGUUUCAAUCAUGCUGCAACUGUGAUUGGUAACAAGAUGAUUGUGGUUGGUGGUGAGUCUGGAAGUGGAUUGUUAGAUGACGUGCAGGUGCUUAAUUUUGAUCAAUUUACCUGGACUGCAAUUUCAUCAAAGCUUUACUUGUCACCAAGCAGCUUGCCAUUAAAGAUUCCAGCAUGCAAGGGCCACAGUCUGGUUUCAUGGGGGAAGAAGGCACUUCUAAUUGGAGGAAAAAUGGAUCCAGCGAGUGAUAGAAUUUCAGUAUGGGCAUUUGAUAUGGAAACAGAGUGUUGGUCAAUUAUGGAAGCGAAGGGAGAUGUGCCGGUUGCUCGCAGUGGUCAUACUGUAGUCAGGGCAAGCUCCGUUUUAAUUUUAUUUGGGGGUGAAGAUGCUAAAAGGAGGAAGCUAAAUGAUCUACAUAUGUUUGAUCUGAAGACUUUAACAUGGCUCCCUUUACAUUGCACAGGAACAGGACCAUCUCCAAGAUCCAACCAUGUGGCUGCUCUUUGUGAUGAUAAAAUGCUACUUAUAUUUGGAGGAGCAUCAAAGUCACGGACUUUGAAUGACUUGUAUUCACUUGACUUCGAAACGAUGGUUUGGUCAAGAAUAAAGAAACGAGGUUUCCAUCCAUCUCCUAGGGCUGGUUGCUGUGGAGUAUUAUGCGGAUCUAAAUGGUACAUAGCAGGAGGGGGUAGCAGAAAAAAGAGACUCUCAGAAACUUUGGUUUUUGAUAUUUUGAAAGUGGAGUGGUCUGUGGCCUUUGCAUCGCCCCCAUCUUCUAUUACGACAAACAAGGGAUUUAGCUUGGUGCUUGUGCAACACAAAGAGAAGGAUUUUCUUGUUGCAUUUGGAGGAUCUAAAAAGGAGCCAACAAAUCAGGUUGAAGUAAUGGGCAUGGUUAAGAAUGACUCAUCCAUAAAUCGACAAUCUGCUGCUAGUAAAGAUACUGGCCCAAUGUUGUUUGGAAAGCAGUCAUCUUCCAUGGGGCAGGCUACACAACUUAGUACUGGCUCUUCCCAACGUUCAGUUGAAUCCCUUGCAAGACAAAAUUUAGCGUCUGUAGUUGAGCAGCAUGGUUCAGGUAGAAAAUCUUUAUCAGAGACACACGCAAAUCCCAAUUCUGUUUCUGGAAAUGCUUCACUGCGCAAGCAAUUUCAUGAAGAACAUAGCACAGCUGUUAAGGUGGCAAAGAAUUCAGAAGAUGGAACUUUAUCAUCUCUGGUGAUGGAACACCGAAUGAAUCAAUCUGAUUUGUCUAUUCAAACUAACUUAUCCAUAGGUAAAAUUAUUGCAGAAGAGAAUUCUUCUGUAUUUGAAUCUGAAAAUUUUAACUCCCAAAACCAAGGAAUUAGGAACCAUCUCAGUGAUAAUGAGGAUGGAUUAGUACCAGAAACUGAUGGUAUGACGGGAGGGGCUCAUUCAAGCAUGUAUCAAUUAUAUGAAACAAAAAUAGCUGCUCUGAUAAGAAAGAAUGAGGUUCUAGAAGGACAACUAGCUGCUGCAUUGUCAAGUCGAGAAACAGCAGAGAAAAAUCUAUCCUCUGUUACGAAGAGUAAACAAGAGAUGGAGAAAAGGCUGGCAGACACACUAAGGGAAGUGGAUUUGCUGAAAGAGAAGCUAGCUAGUGUAGAGCUAGCCCAAGAAGAGGCCAACAGCUUAUCAAAUAUUGUCCAUUCUGAUAACGUAAGGCUUGAACACGACGUGGCUUUCCUUAAGGCAGUUUUGGAUGAUACACAAAAGGAGCUGCAUUCAACUAGGGGAGUCCUUACAGGGGAAAGGGCCAGAGCAUUCCAACUCCAGGUUGAAGUUUUUCACCUUAAACAAAGAUUGCAAUCAAUGGAGAAUCGAGUUCCCACCCCUAGAAAACCAUUCAAUGUGUAGUAAGGGAACAAUGUAUGUUAAGACAACGAAAUGCUGUACAGGAACCGUCUGAACCACUGUAUCCAGCUGUUCAAACCUGUACCAAACUGUCUACCAUUUGAAUGGCCUUUGUUUUGAUGUAAGCCACGCUCCUGUAUAUGCAAUGAAGAAUUGUUUUGAUGCAA